AUGUCUUUUUCUGAAGAUAAACUCAAGGAUAAGCUUGAUGCUUUAGAGGAAACCCAAGAUUCUAUUGUUUCUACGUCACAAUGGGUACUGUUCCACUAUAGAUAUGCUGAAAGAAUCGCACCAGAAUGGGAGAAAUAUCUAGCCAAAGCCCCAGUUCAAAAGAAGCUGGCAGUUAUUUACCUAGCCAACGAUGUUGUUCAACAAUCUCGUGCAAAGAGAAAAACCGAAUUCAUCGAAGCUUUCAACAAAGUAUUGCCUGGAGCAUUGACACAAGCUUAUGGUGAGGUUCCAGAACCUAUAAAGAAGAAGAUACUGAAAAUUGUCAAUAUUUGGAAAGAACGUCGAAUUUUCCCUACUCCAAUUGAAUUGAAAACCAGUGGAGGCACAUCUAAUGGUUCAAGCGAGUCUGGAUUAAGUCUUUCAUUUGAUGACAAGCUGAAAUCAGUUGGUUCAAGUGCACAAAAAUUUCAAAGAUUUUAUCAUGAACUGUUACUAGGCUCAAAUGGAGCUUUCAAAUCCAAAGAUAUCAAAACUUUAAACACGCUCAAAAAAGUUAUAAAUGAUAACAUAAUACAAUUACAAGAUUUAACAGAGACAAUUGAAGAUGAAAUAGGACAUAUUGGUGAGAGAGAGAAAGUCACAGAGGCCAAACGUAUUGAACUUGAGCAAAAACAACAAGAACUAGAGGCACAGAGAAUUGCAGAAGAACAGAAAAGGAUCGAAGAGGAGAAAAGAAGAAUCGAGGAAGAAACUAUGCUGCCGACUUAUGAUAAUGAUUCAGAUUCAAACUCAGAUUCAGAUCCAAAAGAUGAUGAUAGCAGUGAUGAAGCGCAAGAAGAAGAAGAAAAGGAGAAAGAAGAGACACCUGUUGAAAAGGACGAUAAAGAGGAGCUCAGAGAUCAACCUCCAGUUAAGAAACUAAGGUUUGCAGAGUAA